CGAAUAAAUUUAGUUGCGACCAGUCGCUUACUGCGUAUAUUUGCUGUUUUUUUUUCUUGUGUGAACAAACAACAUUUAAAUUUUUUAAAUAAAUCUUUUUUAGACGAAAAUCGAAAAUGGCUAAUGUUGAACUUUUUACAUUGAAUAAUGGCAUUAAAAUGCCUGCUAUUGGCUAUGGUACCUGGCGUGCACCCGAUGAAGAAAUUGAACGAGCAUUGAACUUGGCUCUAGAAGCUGGCUAUCGCCACAUCGACUGUGCCCCCGUUUAUUUAAAUGAGAAAGUGAUUGGAAAGGUGCUGAAGGAAUGGAUCGAUGCAGGAAAAGUUAAACGUGAAGAUUUGUUCAUAACAACCAAGUUGCCCCAUCACGGAAAUAAUGCGGAGAGUGUGGAAAAAAAUUUGAAAAAAUCAUUAUCCGAUUUGAGUCUUACUUACAUUGAUUUGUAUUUGAUUCAUGUUCCAUUUGGUUUUUCUGAAACGGCCGAUGGACCAAUGCGUGAACCAAACGGUGAUAUUGUUCUCGAUUUAAGCACCGAUCAUGUAGCAAUCUGGAAGAAAUUUGAAGAGUUUGUUGGUGCCGGUCUUAUCAAAAGUAUUGGCGUUUCGAAUUUUAAUAAGCGUCAAUUGCAACGUAUUUUGGAUAAUGCAACGAUUAAACCGGUGUCAUUACAAAUUGAAUUGCAUGUGUAUUUUCAACAAAAUGAAUUGGUGGACUUUUGCAAGGCAAACAACAUUGUCGUAACGGCAUAUUCACCGCUUGGUUCGAAAGGUAUCGCCAAUUUAUAUAAACAAAGUGGAAAAGAACUUGACAUUCCCGAUUUACUCGAUAUUCCCGAAGUGAAAUCAAUUGCAACAAGACUGGGCAAAACGCCGGCUCAAAUUUUAUUGAAGUGGAUUGUUAAACGAGGCGUUGCAGCCAUUCCAAAGAGCACAAACGCCAAUCGUUUGCAACAGAAUUUGUCAAUUUUUGAUUUUGACCUGACCGCUGGUGAUAUGGAAACAAUGAAAGGACUCAACAGAGACAUUCGCAUUGUCACUUUUGAUUUCUUCCAAGGCAUUCAAAAACAUCCAGAAUUCCCAUUCAAAUAAAUGUAAUCCGAAACCGGUUACACGAUCUGGCGCAAUUUGAUUUAAUACUUUGGAAUUUUUUUGAUUUCAUAUUAUUCACUUUUGUUCCCUAUUUUUGCAAUUGAAAUAAUAAAAAAAAACGUACACAAAACAAAAUAAAUGUAUUUCCUU